AUGUCUGAAGAAAUACCAGAAGGUGAUUUUGAGAGAGGAAAAAGGGUUUUUAAACUGCGGUGUGCACAUUGCCAUGUAGCAGAAUCUCCGGUCAACAGACUUGGUCCGCAUCUCUACGGCAUUGUUGGGAGAAAAGCAGGGUCUGUUGACUAUUAUCCGUAUACGGCAGCAAACAAGAAUAAGGGUGUUGUUUGGACUCGUGACACGCUGUUUGAGUACCUCAAAAAUCCCAGAAGUUUUAUACCGGGUACAAGCAUGAUAUUUAGAGGAAUUAGACGGGCUGAAGAUCGAGCAGAUGUGAUUAAAUAUUUGGAAGAAAUACCGACAAAGAAAAUUGCUGAAUAA